GCGGCGCGGCGGCCCCGCGGCGGGCGGCGGCACCGGGGCUGCAAGAUGCCGCGCUCCUUCCUGGUGAAGAAGCACUUCUCGGCCAGCAAGAAGCCCAACUACAGCGAGCUGGAGAGCCAGGCCGUGCUGGCCGCCCCGCUGCUGUACGAGACGUGCCCGCUGCCCGUCAUCCCCCCGCCCGAGGUGCUGGGCCCCGGUGCCUACUACCCGCCGCUGGUGUGGGACGCGGGGCUGCUCUCCAGCCUCUUCCCGGGCGGCCCGGGCAGCGAGGCGGCGGGCAGCACGGCCCCUGCCCUGGACCUGACGGCGCUCUCCAGCGAGGAGGAUGAAGGCAAGAGCUCGGGCCCCCCCAGCCCAGCCUCAGCCCCCGCCACCGCCGAGCGUUUCCGCUGCGCCCAGUGUGCCAAGGCUUACUCCACCUUCGCCGGGCUCUCCAAGCACAAGCAAUUGCACUGCGACGCCCAGGCCAGGAAAUCCUUCAGCUGCAAGUACUGCGAGAAGGAGUACGUGAGCCUGGGGGCUCUCAAGAUGCAUAUCCGGAGCCACACGCUGCCCUGCGUCUGCAAGAUGUGUGGCAAGGCCUUCUCCCGGCCCUGGCUGCUGCAGGGCCACAUCCGGACGCACACCGGUGAAAAGCCCUUUUCCUGUACACACUGCAACCGGGCCUUUGCUGACCGCUCUAAUCUCCGCGCCCACCUGCAGACCCAUUCAGAUGUAAAGAAGUACCAAUGCAAAACCUGCUCCCGGACUUUCUCCCGUAUGUCGCUGCUCCACAAGCACCAAGAGACGGGCUGCUCCGGCUCUCGCUGAGGACUCUGCUCCCCCAGGCCUCUCACCGCACAAAUACCUAUGUUAUAACUAGUUUCUGUAGGAGUUAGUUUCCUCCGUCGCCACCGCAGUGUGCACCGGGCCGGACAGAGCUGCUCCGGCCCUUGAGACCCUCACACUCCUCGUUCGGUGCCUCCUGUGCAAUGCGAAGGCCUGACCCUCCUCCCGCGCCGGCGUCUGAGGGCGCAGGGCUGGGCUGCGGGGCGCAGGGCUGGGCUGCGGGGCGAAGCGUG